GGAUCUGUCUGUAAUAGUUGCUGCUGUUGUCUUGCUUCACUCAUUAUCCCAGAGAAAGAGAUAACUCUCAAGGUUUAAGCUCAUACCAAACUGCAAGCAGAUCUGUGACAAUGCAAGGACCUCAACCUGCCACAGCACCUGGAAUGCCCUAUGGCUCCCCUCAGUCAGUCCCUGGGACUUACCAAGGUGCAGGAAACUAUGGAUUCCAGCCACAGCCCAUGGGGUUCCCAGGUGGAUUUGUCGCUCCACCUGUGCAGAACCAGCCCACCAUGGAUGGGACAAUCUGGAUGCCUAUCCCUCCUUCUGUUCCCAACUGCCCUCCUGGACUGGAGUACCUCACACAGAUUGACCAGAUAUUAAUUCAUCAGCAACUUGAGGUUCUUGAGAUUGUGACUGGCUUUGAAGAAAACAACAAAUACGAACUGAAGAACGUGCUGGGGCAAAGGGUGUACUUUGCAGCAGAGGACACUGACUGCUUGACCAGGAACUGCUGUGGGCCAACACGGCCCUUCACCAUAAAGAUCACUGAUAACCUGGGCCGUGAGGUGAUAACGCUGCACAGGCCUCUCCGCUGUGGCUCCUGCUGCUGCCCCUGCUGUUUGCAGGAGCUGGAAGUCCAGGCACCUCCAGGAACAACAGUUGGUUAUGUUGUCCAGAACUGGCAUGUCUGCCUGCCAAAGUUUACCAUUCAAGAUGAGAAAAGAAGGGAUAUUCUGAAAAUUACUGGCCCAUGUGUUUUGUGCCAGUGUUGUGAGGACAUUCAUUUUGAGGUGAAAUCGCUGGAUGAGACUUGUCCUGUUGGGAAGAUUUCUAAGCAGUGGACUGGUCUUGCACGGGAAUUGUUUACGGAUUCAGAUAACUUUGGAAUCUCAUUCCCAAUGGACCUCGAUGUGAAAAUGAAAGCUGUCAUGAUUGGUGCUUGCUUCCUUAUCGAUUUCAUGUUUUUUGAGCAUAGUAAAUAAGCAUCAACGAGCAGGAGUUUAGUAAUGAAGUCUAGAUAUUCUCUAUGGAAGAAAGAAGAACAUGAAUCUCCCAACUUUCCAAUGAAUUGCAGACCUCCAGUAAGAAUAUGAGAAAUGUAAAUGUUAUAGUUACGUUUCUGUAAGCUAAAAGCUUUAUGAUCUUUUCUAUUAUUUGUUUAAUCUGGUGAAAUAAUCUGUAGUAUUCAAAUAAGUACUUUUUAUCUGUACAGAUCAAUAAUAUAAACUAGAGAAAUUUAUAGCAGCCUUUUUUUCCCCCCCAAGAACUCUGUAAUUUUAAAGUAACUAGUAUAGUAGUUAUAAACAAAUACUAUACUAACACUUUUAUUCCUAAAAAAGAGGACUACUUCUAUAUUCAAUAUUAAUAAUAACCUAAGCCAAAUAAGGAGACACUGAUGUUUUACUGGGUAUUCUUCUUUGGUAGUUUUGCCUUGUUGUUCACAUUCUGUUGUUUCCAUCUUCCCACCUGCCUUGAUUUGGCUGGGGAGGGCAAGGUCCUGGCAGGGGACACAACCAGGCCAGCUGACCCAAAGGGGCAUUCCAUACCAUGUGACAUCAGCUUGGAUAUCAAAGAUGAGAAAAGGAGGAGGAAGGUGUUGCAUUCAUUUUUAUAGUGUUUACUGUCCCAAAGAAUCACUUCCAUGCUGAAGCCCUGCUUUCCAGGAAGUGGCUGGGCAUUGCCUGCUGGUGGGAAGUACAGAAUAAAAUUUCUCUUUUUUUUACUUUGUGCACACACAAACUUUUGCUUUUUGUUUUAGUAAACUGCUUUAUCUUAACCUA